AUGUCGUCCACAGCAAACGGCAACGGCAGCCAUGCCAGCCAGAAGAAGCGUGUCAUCGUCGUCGGUGCUGGCGCGUCUGGCAUGUCAGCGUGCCACGCCUUCUCCCUCUCUCCCCAUGAAUUCGACGUUACCCUCUACGACAAGCAGUGUUCACUCGGCGGCUCUGCCACUUCCUACCAGCUACCGGACCCAGCCAAGUAUCGAUCGCAAUACAUCAACGAUGGCGUGCAGGGUGCAUCCCCCGUCUUCUACAACACCUUCAAGGUGUUUGAACACGUUCUCGGCUUCAAAGCGCAGGAAGUAGGCAUGCAGAUCUCGUUCGGCAAGGGAAAAGAGUCCUUCUGGUCCAACGUGUUUCCCUCCGAGUUGGUGGAGAAGUACGCAAAGGACAUCAAGAAGUUUGGAACGACGCUCAAGACCAUCAAGCGCUUCGAGGUCUUCUUCGCCGUCAUCCCCGUCCACCGCAUGCUCAAGUUGUUCGGCUUCUCUGACGAGUUCGGCGAGCGAAUGGUCUACCCACUCGUAGCGCUCUUCUUCGGAACGGGCAACGAUACCAAGCACAUCUCUUCGGCGAUUCUGGAACGAGUGUUUUUGGAUCCCAGCAUGCGACUCUUUGAGUUCUCUGAAAACAGUCUGCUGGCCAGUGUGCCCACCAUGAUGGCCUUCCCGGAGCUGGCGCGAGUGUACGCAACGUGGGAAGACGAGGUGACCAAGAACGGUAACAUCCGCGUCGAGACCAGUCGAGAGGUCACCGAGAUUCAGCGCAACACCCGCGAGGCACGCAAACGCGGCGGAAACAUCCUCGUCACCUCCCGUCGUGUCGACAAGGAAGGCAAGCCGCUCACCACCGGUGAUGAACAAGAGCGUGUCGAGGUCUUCGACGAGCUCAUCCUUGCCUGCGAUGCCGACACCUCCCUCAAGAUCCUCAACAAGGGCGCUACGUGGAAGGAACGCAAGAUCCUCGGCUCCAUCGUCUACCGCUGGGACAUCACUACAACGCACAACGACUACGAUUACAUGUGCAAGCACUACCAGAUGACUUACGACGCCAAGUACAACGCCAAGAAUCGCGACGACGAAGAGACCAAGAAAUCCUUCGACUUUGCAAAAAAGAACUGGAAGCCUCUCUACCUCAUCAAGAUGUACGAGGACGAUCCCUCGCUCAUCGAGAUGUCCUUUGAUCUAACCAACUACCAGCCUCAGUUUUCCGGUGCAGGCCCCACAGGUCCAGAGGACAAGGGUGCACGUUCACCCUCCUCUGCACCACCACGCGAGCGUCAAGGACCCAACGGCAAGCAAGGCGAUUCCCAAGAAAAGGAACUCUCCCAGCUUCCCUCCACCAACCCCCAGGAUCUCAAAGAUCCUCCCGUCGAAGACCACGUCUUCCAGACCAUCUUCCUCAACAAGGAACUCUCCCAAAAGUGGACCAAAGACGAAAUUUCCAAGGACAAGAUCAUCCUCGAAAAGUGGUGGAAGCAGCAAUCCCAUCGUUGGACCCACUACGCCUACGUCGUUCCCUGGUUGUGGCUCAUCAACGGUGCAAACCACACAAACUACUGCGGCGGUUGGACGCUCGUCAACAUGCAAGAGGUCGCCAUCGUCAGUGGCUACGCGGCAGCGGUGGCCAUCGGGGCAAGGUACCCGUUCGAGGAGGACAAGGAGUGUGCCAGGUUGUUCCAUCUGUACAACGCGUUGGCGCAUUUGAGUUUCAAGAAUGCAAAAAAGGCGCUCAAGGGUUGA